AUGUUGUCAUCAAAACAAUCAGUGUUGGCAAUGUUUGGACUUUGCUUCACUUUGAUGAUCAUCGUAUCACACGCUGCUCUCGUUCCAAAGAAUCAAGCAGGUCCAGCAAGCGAGUUUUCAAACUUUGCAAUUCCAGAUCCAAAAAUGGUCGCUCAAACCUCAAAUUCAGCUCUCACACAAAUCGUCUUCACCCAAAGCAAGACCUCAAAUAACAUUGAAUGGAUCACCACCAUUCCAGUCGACACAGUUCAAGAUUUCACUUUGAGCAUCAUCUCCAACUUCACCAGUGAAUUGACUCUCACUGCCAUCCCACCAAAAUCCUCUUCCUUCCACAGUGAACACACCAAGAAGCCAAUCGUUUCCAACGGAAUGUUUGGUCUCGAUGGUAACAUGAUUCCAUCUACCUCCUACUUGUGGAGUCGUGCUGUCGUUGGUGAGUGGACUGUCAAGGUCUCUGCUCCAGCUUCACUUUUGGCCAACGAACACUUUGCCCGUCAAGUUUCAGGUGCCACACCAUCUGCAUUCCUCUUGGCUUUGAACCCAAGCGAAUUCCAAAUCUACACCUACUUGCAAUCCUACAAUAACCUCUUUGUUGGACAACAAGUACCAGUUUUGGCUAUGCUCACUUCCACCCAAGAAACCCUCCCAGUUGGUCAACGUCCAGCCGGAUACACACCAUCCGCAGUCAAGGCCACCAACGUUGCCGCCUCCAUCAACGUCAUCGCCCCAGACGGAAAAUCAAGCACCAUCCAAAUGCACGACGAUGGUUUGCACUCUGAUGGUGAAGCUAAUGAUGGUGUAUACGGUGCCAUCCUCAAUGCCGACGAGGAAGGUAACUACAUGACCAGUGUUGUCUUUGUUGGUACCUCACCAAACGGUGAUGAUUUGUUCCGUACCACCCAACAUAUGAUCCCAGUAACCUCCCAAUACGUCACCCUCAGUGGAAACGUCCAAGCCACCCAAUCCUCAGAUGAAUUGACUUUGAACUUUGAGGUCGCCACAAUUGCCGCCAACGCUCCAGCUGUCCGUCUCUUUGCCGAAGUCUAUGGUGUCGACUCUGCCGGUGAGCAAGUCGCCAUUGCCUGGGUCCAAACCGUCGCCACUGCUCAAAAACUCAACAACCAAAUGGUUCUCCAAACCACUUUGAACACCCGUUGGAUUGCCGCUGCCAACGCCACCGCUCCAUUCUCUGUUGCCAACGUUUUGCUCUCCGAUAUGGAUACCUUUGUUCCAAUCAACCAAGUUGCCGAACUCACUGCUGUCAAGAUCCAAAAGUACACCGAUGUCCGUGGUCUUCGUUACGAUCCACCAUUGAAUGUCAUCACCAAGGACAUGCGUGACGGUAAGAUGCCAGCCAAGCUCGCCGCCAAAUACGGAAAGGUCAACACCGAAACUGGAAACGGUAAAUUGAUGCUCGUCCACGGUUACUGUGCCAACGGAAACCCAUUCUCCACUGAGGACUACACCAACUGGGUUGCCUUUGAAGAUCCACAAGAAAACCGUCCAACCAACACAUUUGCCCAAAUGGUCGGUGAAUUUGGUGAAGCCAUCACCGAUGGUUUCUCAAUUGUCGGUCACUCCCAAGGUGGUUUGGUUGCCUUGCAUUUAGCCACCUACUACCACUCGAACCUCGAUCUUUCCACCACCUUGCCGGGUCGUAUCAUCCAAUCGAUCGGUUCGCCAUACCAAGGUACCGGUUUGGCUGGUUCACUCGCCUCGAUCGGUAGUGCAAUCGGAAUUGGUUGCUCUGCUAACAACGAUCUUACCCUCGACGGUGCUGCCCUCUGGUUGAGCUCCAUCCCAACCGACAAGCGUGAGCUCGUCUACUUCACCACCACCCAAUACAAGACUGGUGGAUUGGUCAACUACUGUAACUUGGCAGCCAACUCUGUCUUGAAGUGGCCAAACGACGGUGUCACCGACACUGAUCACUCCUCAUUGGCUGGUGCUACCUAUGCCAACCAUCUCAAGGGAUGGUGUCACACCAUUGACAUGAAGAGUCCACCACAAUGUACCAACAAACAAAACAAUAUCGAAUUCAACCAAAACUCUGUAUGGUAA